UAUAACCUAACAUUUUACCGAGUAAACACAUGCUUAUUUAGGCAAAAUGAAUGUUGAAGUAAGAAUAUCCGAUAAUAUUAAAGGAAAAGGUUUAUACGCCACAAAGAAAAUCGAAAAGGGUUCAAUUAUUUUCGAAGAAGAUCCUUUAGUGUCUUGUCAAUUUCCUUGGAAUGCAUUGUAUGGUUAUAAUGCUUGUAACCAUUGCUUAAAACCUUUGGAAACAGCACAAGAAAAUGCCAGGAGAUUAACAGGGAUACAAAGUCUGGAAUUGCCAUAUCCUGAAUGUUGUACAACAGAAAAGUCCAAAAUUGUUUCCUGUUCUCAAUGUGGUGUUAAUUAUUGUUCUGAAAAAUGUCAGGGCCUUGCAUACAAUCAGUAUCAUAGAUUAUUAUGUUUGCAGAUUAUGGAUAGAAGUGGGAUACACCCUUUGGAAAUGUUGGAGGAAACUUGGAAAAAUGUGCACUACCCACCGGAAUCAAACACUGUCAUGCUAAUUGUAAGAUUAUUGGCAAGAAUACUGCAAUCUCCUAAUCCUGAUGAAGCCAUUCAGCAAACACUGCAGUUUUGCCAUAGGACAGUAAAUGAAGACUCUGAGCUAGCUCAUAAACUGUUGGGUCCCAAAUUUGAGGGAAUGCUGUCACAUUUGCACCAUUCCUUUGUGAAUGCCAUACCAAAUCAUGAGUGUAUUAGACAGUUUUUGACUAUGGAUGGUUUUCAAUCCCUUUUGGCUUUAAUAGGGACUAAUGGACAGGGUGUGGGUACCAGCCCAAUAAGUCAAUGGUUUAAUAAGGCUACAAAUAUGGGCUUGCCUGAUGCUGAACAAGAAUUAUUGGACAAAUUUAUAGACAAAAUGUAUGAAGAUAUAGACAAACACACUGGUAAUUUUCUAAACAAUGAAGGAGUUGCUUUGUAUAUGCUUCAAAGCACAGCCAACCACUGUUGCAUUCCAAAUGCAGAACCAACAUUUUUGCAUAAUAAUCACAGAUUAUCUUUAAUUGCUCUAAAAGACAUUGAACCCAAUGAAGAGAUUUGUAUAAGUUAUUUAGAUGAAUGCACAUUGGAGAGAUCACGACAUUCAAGGAGGAAGGAGUUGAUGGAAAAUUAUAUUUUUGCUUGUAAUUGCCAAAAGUGUGAAUCUCAGGCAAAUGACCCAGAUGUUACAAGUGAGGAGGAGGAAGAUGAAAAAUCUUCAUCUUCCUCCUUCAUUGAAGAUAUGAGUAAUUAAUACUUCUUUAUUAAGAAAACAAUAUAUAUACAUAUGAUAAAAAAAUUGUAAUUUAAAAUAAUUUUAAUAAAUAAUGUUAAUUUACAGUAGUAACAGGAGUUAAAUUGAUUAGUUUAUUGCUAUUUUCCGCUAAUUCUGCAAUGGAAACGCGACCUCUUUGUCUAAUAAACUUGGCUACAUCUUCCAUUUCUUUUUGAGAAACAUAAAUAAAUUUCCCUCUAUCAUCUAUAACUCCAGUUAAAAUGUUAUCACUCUGCAAAUCCUUGAUUCUAUCAAUAGCAGCUUGUGUUUUUAACUUAAAAUGAGCAGCCAAGUCUUCAAGAACCACCACCUUGUUAUUUUUUAUGUAGUUCACAAAUUCUUGUAAUAAGUUUUGUUCAUCUCCCUCUUCACCUUCCUCAAAACCUUCCUCUUCAACAGAAAAUUCUUCUUUCAUUUUUAUGUAUUCCUCAUAUUCUUGCCUUUCUUUUUCCUCUUUCGCUUUACGUUCUUCUUCCUCCAACCGUUUUUCUUCAGCUUUCUCUUUUUCUUCCUCUUUUCGACGUUCUUCUUCAGCCUUUUCAGCUUGUUUCUUUCUGUCAGCUCUUAUUUUUUCUUCAGCUUCUCUUGCAGCUUUCUUCUCAGCUUUGGCUUCAAGUUUUGCCCGUUUUUUUGCACCAAGUUUUUCAUCUGGCAGUUCUAUGUCUUCAUUUUCUGCUUCAUUGUUUCCUUCAUCUGAAUCUUGAUCAUUCUGGU